GUGCCAGUUUUAUUAGAUGCAAACGGGUAGGGUGGUUUGAGAAUAAACGGAUAUUACAGCCCCUAUCUACAAUAGGAUAAAAUUAUAAAAAUUACUCCGUAGAUUUCUAAGAAAAACCUUUGAACUCGGUCCACCCACUUCAUUCCAGUGAACUGGAGGAGCUGUUCGAACAAAAUUAGGAAUGCCUCAAGCAUUGAUUUUCCUAAAGCCAUUUAUCUCUCCUCCGUUAUCUUCUUCUCUUUUCAGUAAUCUGAGCAUUAAUGUGGACAUAUUGGGUACAAGCAUGUUGAAGCAGCCCAAAAGGGAUGUGGUAGUGUGCCAGGGAAUGUUGGCACCCAGGAAGUUCUUGCAGAGGAGGAGAAAGAAGGUGGCUGAAGUGUUUAAGAAUGCUGAGGAUGAAUUAGAUCAGAAGAAGUGGAGGAGACUAAUGACCGAAAUUGAGGAAACCGGUUCUGCUGUGACUGUGCUUAGAAGCCUUAGGGCCAAGAGUGAGUUGGUCCCUAGGGAUCUCAUUCUUGGGACGUUGGUUAGGUUCAAGCAGCUCAAGAAGUGGAAUCUUGUUAGUGAGAUUCUUGAAUGGCUUCGAACUCAGCAUUGGUGGAAAUUUAACGAAAUGGACUUUCUAAUGCUAAUUACGGCUUAUGGAAAACAAGGGGACUUCAAUAAAGCUGAAAGGGUUCUGGGCUACAUGAAUAAGAUGGGAUAUCCACAAAGCGUGAUAUCUCAUACUGCUCUAAUGGAAGCAUAUGGCCGUGGUGGUCAGAUUAGCAAGGCAGAAGCAAUAUUUCGAAGAAUGCAAUCUUCGGGUCCUGAACCUUCUGCAUUAACAUAUCAAAUUAUCCUCAAAACCUUUGUUGAGGGUAACAAGUACAAAGAAGCUGAAGAAGUCUUUGAAACUCUUUUAAACAUGGAGGCUCCUCCACUAAAACCGGACCAGAAAAUGUUUCAUAUGAUGAUCUACAUGUACAAGAAGGCAAAGGAUGAUAAGAAAGCUCAUCAUGUAUUCACUCUAAUGAGUGAGCGGGGGGUCCCACAGAAUACAGUCACGUAUAAUAGUUUGAUGUCAUUUAGCAGCAACUAUAAGGAGGUUUCCAAAAUCUAUGAUCAGAUGCAGCGAGGUGGUCUUCAACCUGAUGUAGUAAGCUAUGCUCUAUUGAUUAAUGCAUAUGGAAAGUCUAGAAGAGAAGAAGAAGCAUUAGCUGUUUUUGAGGAAAUGCUUGACGCUGGUGUUAGGCCAACCCAGAAAGCUUAUAACAUUUUACUAGAUGCAUUUGCGAUCUCCGGGAUGGUGGAACAAGCUCGGACUGUGUUUAAAAGCAUGCGAAGGGACAACUGUAGCCCUGACCUAUGCUCCUACACAACUAUGCUCACGGCAUACAUAAAUGCUUCUGACAUGGAAGGUGCUGAGAAAUUCUUCAUAAGAAUUAAACAAGAUGGAUGUGAACCCAAUGUUGUCACAUAUGGGACACUCAUCAAAGGGUAUGCAAACACAAACAAUCUUGAGAAAAUGAUGGAGAAAUAUGAUGAAAUGCGGUUUUCUGGCAUUGAGCCCAACCAAACUGUCUUUACAACAAUCAUGGACGCAUAUGGUAGGAAUAAGGAUUUCGGGAGUUCUGUUUCUUGGUUCAAUGAGAUGGUCACAUGUGGCAUCCAACCUGAUCAGAAGGCAAAGAACAUUCUCUUGUCUCUUGCUAAGACAGUUGAAGAGCAGACAGAAGCUAAUGAGCUUGUGGGAAAUAUAAACAGGGAGAUGAUGGUUGAAAAUAUCCCUUGCUAUAGUAAUGAAGAUGAUAACAAAUAUGAAGAUGAUUAUGAAGACGAAGAUGAAGAAGAUAGAGAAGACGUUGAGGAUUACAGUCAUAGCUCGGCAUGCAAGUCAAACGAAAUUAAUAGGUGUGAGUGUCUAACAUGAGGUGUUAACUAUGUAUUGUAAGUUUCUCAUUUCUUUUUGAAGGAAUACGUUUCUCAUUUCUAUUUACUUGGGAAAUGCGAUUUUCUUUUAUUGCGAAUUGUCCAAGUAAUGUCUGUUCAUUUAUAAUCUGUCUCAGUUCUGCAGUUUAUUUUGAGAGUUUUCAAUAAUAUAUGCACUACUUUAAAAUCUUUAUUAUCAUAUUAAUUGCGC